AUGAGUAUCUCAGCCAAACAACCGACCGCCAAUGAGGCGAAAGCUGUUGGCCAAGAGCUGGCCAGCGUUCUCCCCAAUGACGGCAUCCCUUGGUGGAAAAAGAAGCACCUCCUCAAACUUAACUUCUGCAUCGUCUCGUUCAUGCUCUUCACCAGCUCCAACGGUUUCGAUGGCUCCAUCAUGAACGGUUUCCUGGCUCUGCCUCAAUGGCGCGAGUUCAUGGGCAAUCCCACUGGCGCUUGGCUCGGCCUCAUCAAUGCCAUGUACUCCCUUGGAGCCGUUGUUGGCUACCCUCUCUGCGCUAUGCUUUGCAACCGCUGGGGCCGUAAAUUAGGUCUCUGGCUAAGUGUCGGAUUCGCUUUGGGCGGUACCGCUUUACAGACAGCCGCGCCCAAUGUGGCUUCCUUCAUCGUCGCUCGUUUCUUCAUGGGCAUCUCGCAAGGUCUUUCUGUCGGGGCGCCUCUCCUAAUCGCUGAAAAUGCCUUCCCCACGCACCGUGGUAUCGCCUCCAGUAUUUACAAUUGCGGGUGGUACAUCGGAGCCAUUGUUGCCGCUUGGGCAACUUUCGGUACGAGAAACAUGCAAGGCAACGUUUCUUGGCAAAUCCCCUCUGGAUUGAUGGCAUUACUGCCCCUUAUGACAGUUCCUUCGCUCUUCAUGAUGGACGAAUCUCCUCGUUGGCUUGUCUCAAAGGAUCGAGCCGACGAGGCACGAGCCAACCUCGCCCGAACUCACUGCGGUGGAAACAUGAAUGAUCCUCUUGUCGCCUUUGAGAUGGCUGAGAUUGAAGAGACUCUGAAGGCUGAAAUGGAAGCCAACGCAAAGACUUCUUGGGCUGAUUUAUGGUCCACACCCGGGAAUCGCCACCGUCUCUGGAUCUGCGUCUCCCUCGGCAUUUUUGCGCAGUGGUCAGGCAAUGGUGUUGUCAGUUACUACCUGGCGAUUAUCCUUGACUCUGUCGGCAUUACUUCUGUCACGAAUCAGACGCUCAUCUCAGCCUGCCUCCAGAUAUGGAAUCUUAUUUGGUCUAUUGCUGCAUCUGUCUGUGUCGACAAGGUUGGGCGCAGAGCUCUCUUCAUGACUAGUGGUGUCAUUAUGCUGGUCUCCUACAUCAUCGUCACCGGUCUAUCAGGCAGCUUCGACGCCACCAAGCAUGGUCCGACUGGACUCGCUGUCGUUCCAUUCUUGUUCAUCUACUUCCUCGGCUACGACCUUGCCCUUACACCACUCGUCAUUUCGUACCCUGUAGAAAUUUGGCCCUACCAGCUAAGAGCCCGUGGGCUUGCUACCAGUCAGAUGGUUUCGCUUGCCGCCAUCUUUUUCAACACCUUCAUCAACCCCAUUGCGCUCGACGCCAUUCAGUGGAAAUACUACUUUGUCUUCGUUGCUAUCUUGGUCGCGAUGCUGUUCUCGGUUUGGUUCACGUACCCCGAAACUCGCGGCCGCACUCUUGAAAACAUCGCCUGGCUUUUCGAUGGCGAUCGCGCGAGCGUCGGCAUUGUCACAGCCGAGGACACCUUGAAGGUCACGAAUAUGCAUGUUGAGGACUCCUCCCCAGAGGAAUUUCAAUCCGAAAAGGAAAGGCGCAUGUGA